AUGUCAUUCAAUCGAGGAGUGAAAAGGGAUUCCUUCGGGAAUCGAGCGAAUUUUAAUCGGAGCAGUGGUGGAGGCGGUGGUAACAGAGUUGGCAAUAACAGUGGCAUGGGAGGCAACAUGGGUGGAGGAAUGAGCGGGAGUGGUGGCAUGGGUGGAAUGAAUCCCUGGGAGAGCGGCAUGAUGCCCGGCAGAGGCAUCCUGCCUACACCAAAUAACAACCUCUCUUUGGCAUCGCCGCAAGCACAACUGGCGAUCGCCAGCAAUCUUCUGACGAAUCUACUUCGCAGUCAGCAAGAAGCGCAGCCACAGCAGGUGCCAUCUCUAAUGAGUCUGGGAAAUAAUUAUUCUGGGCCAGGGCCAAAUUAUUCUAAUCAACAGAACUAUUCCUCUGGACGGUUUAACGAUCGACCGGCGCGGCAUCCUAUGAAGAAUCAACGUCCUCAGCCAUACAAUAAGAUGGGCAAUCGAGCCCGAGAUGGUCCCGCUGGGCGACGUGGCCCAUCCGCACAACAAUCUCGUGCACCCCAGUCUGGCAGUCAACGUAUGAAUGGAAACCAAAUUCAACAUCGCAACGAUAAAUCUUCUAAACCAAUUCCUGCCUCUAAACAAAAUCAGACUGCCAAAAAGGAACAGCAGGAUAAGACCUCUGAUAGCGAAAAAGCCGAACAGCCUGUUCCGAAAAGCAAUGAUGCAGAUGAAUCCGAGGAUAAGAAGUGGAAGGAUGACAAAAACGCAGUACAAGUAAAAGAGGAAAAAAUAGAAGAUGAAAAGACGGAAGAUAGCGAGAAAAAAGUGGAAAAGUCUGCUGCAGAUGAUUCUUUGAAAGAGGCGAAAGAUGAGAAAGCCGAAAAAGAGAACACGAAAACGACUGGCAAGAAAUCAGAAGCUAGACACGCUGAAAGUCGUUACGCUGAAGUUCCGAUGAGCCAUAUGUUUUGUCACAUUUGCAAUAAGCAUAUGUGGGACGGAUUUUCCUUUGAAAAUCAUCUACGUGGACGUGCACAUCAGCUGAUGAUGGAAAAGUUGGACGAGUCAUACAAAUUGAAAGUCGAUUUGAUGAGACAUGAACUGCGAGUUGCUGAGGAGCAGCGUGAACUUAGUUUAAACAACUCUAAACGUCGCGGCAAGAAAGUGUCUGUAGAUUUCAACGUGAGAGAAUAUUGUACAAUGUGCGAUCUGAACUUUUAUGGAACCUUAUCUACGCAUAGGAAGAGUGAAAAGCAUCAACAAUUAAAAACAUUCUUGCAUCCACGAUGCUUCCCUUGUCUGAAAGAAUUCCCAUCUCGUAUAGAAUACGACGAGCAUUGUUUAACACCCACUCAUAUGAAGAAUGCCGUUCAGUGUGAGGAACAACGGAAAAAUAAAAAGAAAGAAAAAUUGGCAAAAGGAGAAGCUGAAGUUCGUACUGCAGAAGAUGAGGAGAAAGACGUUAGUAAUGAAGUAAAAAAUGAAAAAGAGGAGGAAAAUAUGAAUGCAGAAGAAUAUGAAUUUAUCACAGAUAUUGUAGAAGAUAUAACUGACAAGAAAUUCAAGAUACCGUCUUACAAACAUUGCCGUCAAAAUCAGAUCUUUAUUGGUAAAUCUAUGGUCAAGGAAGUCCAAGGAUUUUACUGUGAGCGUUGCCGAAGAUUUAUGCUCUUAAGUGAGGAUAUGAAUGCUCAUUUACGCAGCAUUACGCAUUAUCGAAACUUUGUAGCGGAAGUAAGAUCAUUAACAUCGAACGCCAAUAUCUCCAAAGUUACGUCAACUACAGAGUCAAAAGAAACUGAUGAACAAGCUGAUAAUGAGAAGAAUGUUGAAGAUAAGGAGGAAUGCGAUGUACAGUGGAAACGUCGUAAGAUUAGUGAUGAAAAAGAAGAUAACGACCAACUGAAAGAGCAGCAAGAAAAUAAUGCUGAUAACGCAAAUGUGACACCGAAGAGGUCGGAUGGAGAGGAGAAAUAUGAUCCAUUGGAAGCCGAUGCUGCCGAAUCAGAAGAAGAGGAAAAUCGCGAGGUGGAGGAGGAUGCGAAGGAAACUACCGCGGGAAAUGCUACUAACACGCAGGAUGUAAAAACAUCUGUCGAUGAAAUCUGGACUGAUAUGGACAAUGACAAUGACGUUGAAAUGGGUAAUCUGAUUGACGAAACGGAUGAAAAAGAACAUUCUUCCGAACAAGAACAUUCUUCUGAACAAGAACAUUCUUCUGAACAAGAACGUUCUAUGCCGAAGAUAGAACGAAAUCAUAACCCUCAAAUAAAACCUCGAGGUCGUGGAUUCGGACGUGGUCGCGGUGGUCCGCGUGCCAGAAGAUCCCGGCGAUAAAUUAACACCGCGAUUUACGAAAAUAUAUGAAAGUAAACGCGAGAAAAAUAUGUCGAUGUUAAGAGAGUUCAAUUGCGUGUCUCGUAUUCAGAUAAGUUUUAAAAUUAUUGUACAAGAUCAUUCAUACUUCAUAAACCUAAGCCCGCACUUAAAAUAAACUUAAAUCAAUGCAAAAAAUUCUUUAAGUAAGAAGCAUUAAGAAAAAGUUUUCUUUAUGCGUUGAUUUAAGUUUCUUUUUAAAUACCUAGAUUUAUGAAGUAUUUAACAUAAUGUUAUGGAUGUUCUUGUACAGUUGUCCUUAGAAUAGAACACAUUUUUAUCAUUGAGGCGUGCGAUAUUGAUUACAUAUUAAUAUGCAACAAUUAAUAUGGCACACACCACACACACGCACACACACACACACACACACACACACACACACACACACACACAGAGAUAGCAAUUAACAUUAUGUGUAUUACAUAUAUGAGCGUAAGUUUUUAAUUGUAAGCUCUUAGCAAUAAAGGACUUCUUUCAUUAGCACCAUGUACCAGAAGCAAAUGUAUACGCAAGAAAUAUUCAGAUGUUUUUUGUAUAAAUGAUGAAUUUUUAACUACAAGCAUGACCUUUCUCUUAUAUUUUGAAAUCAUUGCGCUACAUGUACAAAUAAAAAAUUAUUACACAAAAUUACAAAUUAAUUAGGAGACAUUGAGUAUGCAUACAACCAGGAAAAUAUAUUGUUUAGUUAAAUAAUGUUAAACAAUAUCUUUAUUGAAGGAUAUUUCUAAAUGCACAUCUAAUAUGAUAUAUGUAAUCGAAAUAUAUAAUGAAAUUUAGAUCGUUUUUUUGUUCUUCAUAUAGUAUUGGUCUCCAUAAAAAUAUUUUUAUUAUAAUAUCAUGUAUUGAAAUGCACUAAUGUAGAUGAUAAAAAGUUACAUGAGAGUUACAAUAUUUUUUCAUUAUGUUCCUAAAUGAAGAGAGAGAAAAAGAGAGGUACAGAUGAAUUCCAUUUAUUUUUUAAAUUCUAAAGAUCACUGAGUGUGAAUAAUGAUUAUUUUUACACUAUAUCACUUAUAUAUUGAAAAGAAUGAAACUAAAAGUAGUAAAGAUUUCCAAUUUUAUAUUUUGCUUUAACUGUGUGUGCGAGUGUCAUGAUAAUUUUCAUAAUAAAAGUGUUUCUAUGUAUGAAAGACAUGCUAAUUGAUCUGCAUUCUUAUUAUAUUAAGGAUAGAACACUUUGACAGAAUUUUUUUGUAUCUAAUUUUAAAAUGUGCUAUAAAAAUUUUCGAGAAAAUUGAAAUGCAAUAUCAUAGGUUUGAACUUUUACAAAGGAUAUGUACAACCGAAGUGAUAACUAAUGUUUGGUGAUAGUAAAUACAUAACAUGUCAUAUAACAUUAGGAGAUAAGACAUAUAUAUGUACUGCAUAUGUAUCCAUAUUAAAUGAAUAGUUUAUUAAGAAUUAAAUAGAAACAAUCCA